AUGGAAGGAUCGGCUCUACCAUGCUUAAGGUGUCAAGGGCUCAGCUCUACCCCUUUGACAGAGGAUGCCUCUACCUUCUGCACUUCCCUCACCGAGGACCUCAAGGGGCUCGAGCUGUCGCUGGCGAAGGACUCCAUCUCCCUCAGGUGGUUCGUCGAAGCGAUGAGCGUCUUGAAGAGGAUGCAGGUGAGACUCCUUGCCCUGCUGAAGAAAUCUGAGUUGCCGAUCUCGUGCGAAGCCGAAGACUGGUUUGAUCAGUACAUGCAAGAGUCUGCGUCUCUAUUAGAUUUCUGCAACUCAAUGAAGUCUGCCCUUUCCGGGAUCAACCGGUCUCGCAUGGCUUUAAAGCUCGCAGUCCAUAAACUAAGCGAAGACAACGAGUUCGGAUUGGAAAGAUUACAGAAAGCUCAUGAGGAAAUUUUAGAUUUCAGAAUAGAGAAGGAAAGAUUAGGACUAGCUAAAGGUGGAAUUUUGCUCGGAGGAAAUGGAGGAGACGACAAGAACAUGGCAAUCGUGAUGCUUGCUGCUAAAACCACUGUGACAGUCUUGUCAUGGUUUAUGAUUUCAGCAAUGAUUUCUCCUGUUCCGGUUAAUAUGGAAGACAAGGAGCUGACUUCAUCGAUCCCCGAGCUGCAGCAGUGCAUGGAGAUGCUUACAGAGCUGACCGGAAGCUUUGACAAGCGGAUUUCGAGCCUCGGCAUCGGUCGGGAAGUUGCUCUGGUCGAGCAUGAGAUGGUGAACGAGGCAGUCGAGGAGUUACAGGCGGCGGAGAAGAACAGCCAUAGUUUCCUCAGUGGUCUGGAGAAGUUGAGAACAAGGUCAUUUGAGCUGAAGGAGGGGAUCGAGAGGCUCGGCACAGUAGUGGAUGAGGUGUUCGAGGAGGCCAUCAGAGGAAGGAAUGAGAUGCUUGACAUCUUCAGGAAUGCAACUCUUUGA